AUGCAGUUCGACUUCACAGUCCUAUUUCAUCGAGCAUCCCCAAAAAUGCUUCUCGCAAUCUUCUUCUCUUUCCUCCCGUUAAUCACGAGCGGGUCUCCUCUCGAACGUCGCCAGGAAGACACUCGUCCCUACUACGUUCACAACAGAUGCCCUCGCGCCAUCAAUCUUUUUAUUGGAGGAGCACUUGAUCAGGUCAUCCCUGCCGGCGGCGACGUGACCAAGGUUGCGAACAUCGGUGCAAAUUUCUGGUAUACCGAUGUCAAUGGCGGAAGGUUCAAUGGUGUGGGAACGACCCGUGCUGCUUUCUGGGGUGGUUUGUAUUGGCUGAUCAAGGACGCUGGAGCGAUUAACACUGGAUUGACGGUUGCGCCGAGAUUAUCGCAAGGUUUCUGCACCGAGAUCACAUGCAAUGACGCGAACUGCCCAGAAGCAUUUAUUGGAGUUCCGAACGAGUUCCCUCCCCCAACGAACUCCACGACCGGUGGACCACACUCCUACUUUUGCCCUUAUCCCAACCUCACUUUCGACAUAACAUUCUGUCCCGAUGGGCAGCUGCCCCCAAACCCCGGCAUUGCCAUCCACCCUAACGGCAACUUCUUGAAGUGCAUGGACGUUCGUGGUGCCCAAUUCGCGAGCGGUACCGCCGUUCAAGUAUACGAUUGCAAUGACACCCCGGCUCAACGCUGGUUCAUCACUCGUGGAAGUACGAAGAUCCAGCUUGCUGGAACCAAUUUCUGCCUUGAUGCGGGAGAGAGUCCAGCAAAUGGAGUCGGGUUAAAGAUUUGGCAAUGCUACGAUAACUUGCCAGCUCAGCAGUGGCACUACACUGACGAUAAUCGUAUUGCCCUGGAAGGACAAGGCCAAUGCACUGACUUGACCAAUGGCCUCUUCACCAAUGGCAACCAACUUCAGACUUGGCAGUGUACGGAUUUCAACACUAAUCAGAUAUGGAAUGUCUAA